GAAGCACCUGUAUCCAGAAAUGGCCUCAGAAAGUAAAGAAGAAAAUGGUCUUUCACCCACAGACCCAUCCGAAGAAAAUGACCAAGACAGUCCUCAGUCUAGGAUCCAUCUAGAGCCUCAAAAGGAAUCAAGUACUGACUCCAAGCAUCUUAGGACCAAUGAUCAGUAUAGUCCUCAUUUUAGACUUCAUAUAGAGCCUCAAGAGAAAUCAAAGAUUGACUUCAAGCAGGUUGUCAUCAAAAAGCUACAGAAGACUUGCCAAUGCAGCGCAACCAAAGCGAAAUCAGUUAUUUUUGGUUUCCUUCCUGUUUUGCAGUGGCUUCCAAAAUAUGAUCUGAAGAAAAAUAUUUUGGGAGAUGUGAUGUCUGGCCUGAUUGUGGGCAUCUUACUGGUGCCCCAGUCUAUUGCUUACUCCCUCUUGGCUGGCCAAGAACCUAUCUAUGGUCUAUACACAUCAUUUUUUGCCAGUAUCAUUUAUUUCCUGUUAGGUACCUCCCGUCACAUUUCUGUGGGCAUUUUUGGAAUAUUGUGCCUUAUGAUUGGUGAAGUAGUUGACCGAGAACUAUACAAAGCCGGCUAUGACACGGCCCAUAUUCCCUCUUUAGGUGCAGUGUCAAAUAACAGCAUGUCAUUAAAUGACACAUUACAUUUGACAUGCGACAGAAGUUGCUAUGCAAUUAUAGUUGGCAGCACUGUAACCUUUGUGGCUGGAGUUUAUCAGGUGGCUAUGGGCUUCUUCCAAGUAGGCUUUGUCUCUGUCUACCUCUCGGAUUCCCUGCUCAGUGGAUUUCUCACCGGUGCCUCCUUCACUAUUCUUACAUCUCAGGCCAAGUAUCUCCUCGGACUCAGGAUUCCUCGGAGCAACGGUGUGGGCUCACUUAUCACGACCUGGAUACUUAUCUUCAAAAACAUCCACAAGACCAAUGUCUGUGACCUCGUCACCAGCCUUUUGUGCCUUUUGGUCCUUGUGCCAACCAAGGAACUCAAUGAGCACUUCAAGUCCAAGCUGAAAGCACCAAUUCCCACUGAGCUCUUUGUCGUUAUAGCAGCCACAUUAGCCUCUCAUUUUGGAAAACUAAAUGAGAAUUACAACUCCAGUAUUGCUGGACACAUCCCCACUGGGUUUAUGCCACCCAACGCCCCAGACUGGAACUUAAUUCCUAGUGUGGCUAUAGAUGCAAUCGCUAUUUCUAUCAUUGGUUUUGCUAUCACUGUGUCACUUUCUGAGAUGUUUGCCAAGAAACAUGGCUACACUGUCAAAGCAAAUCAGGAAAUGUAUGCCAUAGGCUUUUGCAAUAUCAUCCCGGCCUUUUUCCAUUGCUUCACUACCAGUGCGGCUCUUGCAAAGACAUUGGUCAAAGAAUCAACAGGUUGCCAAACUCAGCUUUCUGGGGUGAUAACAGCCCUCGUUCUUUUGCUGGUUCUCCUGGUAAUAGCUCCUUUGUUCUAUUCUCUCCAGAAAUGUGUUCUUGGUGUGAUCACUAUUGUAAAUCUCAGGGGAGCCUUACAUAAAUUUAAGGAUCUGCCUCAAAUGUGGAAGCUUAGCAAAAUGGAUACAGUUAUUUGGUUUGUUACUAUGCUGUCCUCUGCAUUGCUAAGUACAGAAAUAGGACUCCUAGUUGGAGUUUGUUUCUCGAUGUUUUGUGUCAUUCUCCGCACUCAGAAGCCAAAGAGUUCGUUGCUUGGCCUGGUGGAAGAUUCUGAAACCUUUGAACCAAUAUCUGUUUACCAGAACCUUCAGACUAAGCCAGGAAUUAAGAUUUUCCAAUUUGUAGCUCCUCUCUACUACAUAAACAAAGAAUGUUUUAAAUCUUCUUUAUAUAAACAAACUCUGAACCCAGUCUUAAUAAAGGCAGCUCAGAAGAAGGCAGAAAAGAGAAAGAUCAAAGCGGAAACAGCAACUUUCAGUGGCAGCCAGGAUGAAGUUUCUGUGCAUCUUUCCCAUGAUCCUUUGGAGCUCCACACUAUAGUGAUUGACUGCAGUGCAAUACAAUUUUUAGAUACAGCAGGGAUCCACACACUGAAAGAAGUUCGUAGAGAUUACGAAGCCAUUGGUAUCCAGGUUCUGCUGGCUCAGUGCAAUCCUUCUGUAAGGGAUUCCCUGGCCGGAGGAGAGUAUUGCAAAAAAGAAGAAGAAAACCUUCUUUUCUAUAGUGUGUAUGAAGCAAUGCUUUAUGCAAUGGAAUCUCAAAGUCAGAAAGGAACAAGUUUUCCCAAUGGUCUCAAUCUUUCCAGUGAUUAA